AUGUCCCUUUUCUCUCAGCCUUUUUACGGCCAGCCCCAGUAUGGUGGUCCCAACUAUUCAACGCCUCCACCUCCCGCCCUGUACCCUUACUACCAACAGUCCGCCCUAACAUCAGCACCGCCAGCCGCAGCCAUUCACCACCAUGAUCAUGCUGGCUUUCGGCGGGAUUUUUCAGCGCGUCUCGCCAGUCUAACGUUCAAUUCCAAAGUCGUUAUCCAGGAACUUUCGGUUUUUGCUCAGGACUACCCGCAAUGGGCGGACAUCGUUGCUGAUUGUAUUGCGCAACACAUCAGACAGGUUCCUCCCUGGAUGAAACUCAUCGGCUUCUACCUCUUCGACGCGAUCGCGAAAAACCUGUAUGACACACAUGCUGCGACCUUUGCUUCUAUCGUUGUCCCUCUAUAUUUGGACACUUACUUCCAGGUGGACCCGAGCACGAAGAAUAAGAUGGAAGAAAUGCUCCUUACUUGGCGCACUGCAGGACCUGAUCACACCGAAAUAUUCGGUCCAAAUGUGCAGCACGACCUUCAAACCGCGAUCUGGGGAAACCAAGUUAACCCAUCGAGAGCGCAGGUUCUUGCAGAACUACAAUUUACGCUCGGUCAAAUGGAACGCGCUCUGCAAUCCAAUCCUUACGACAAGACGCCUCUCAGCCAUAUCCAUGUGCUUCAACAAUUACGGAGAUUAGUUGAGCGCGGUGUUUCUCAAGAAGAACUGCGACAAAUCCUUGCUCAACUACGUCAAUUGGCAAGAAGUGCUCUACCGCCGCCUAUACAACGGCCUCCUCUUCGGCCGCCUGUCCCUACCUACUAUGCUCAAUCACCACCCUUCCCGCCACAGGUGCCACCGCAAAUGCCGCCAUACUCUCAACCUCCCCCAGUCAUCAAGACAGAACCUCCUCCGAUGGAACCGCCGAUCUCACAAUCUGUUGCACCACCUGUCAUCGCCCACGACAACAUCGCGAAUCUAUUUUCAAGCCUCGUGAGUGCCGGCCUCAUCUCUGCAAGCGCGACACCAUCAGGAGCGACGCCAACCAAAUCCGAUGAUGCGCCACCUCAAGUAGAAGACGCGAAGGAGGUGAAAGCGACCUCGGUUAGGGAUUAUAGACAGGCUAUUUUGUCAGAGACGAUUAACCUUACCACGGUCGACCUAGCUAGGGCUAAGCCGCGCAUCGUAGAAUUCUUAUACAACAGACAGCCUUCGCAAUGCAGACAGUGUGGACUCCGUUUUCCUGAUACGAAAUCUGGCAAAAAAGACAUGGAAAGCCACCUUGACAUGCACUUCAGGCAAAAUCGGAAAGCUGACCAGAAUGUUGGACGAGGUCACAGCCGGAGCUGGUUCAUCGGUGUUGAGGAUUGGAUACAAGAUAUCUCAGGGGACGGCAAAGGGAAAGGUCGGGCUGAUGGAUCUGGUCCCUUGAAUGCAAAAGCUGCUGCUGCUGCCGAACUAGCUAAGCGUGAUGCAGAUUUGCGAGCUCAAUACGUCGUCGUGCCCCCAGGUGAAGAGGCCCAAGCUGUGUCAUGUCCGAUAUGUAAGGAAACGCUUAAGUCUGAAUUCCUUGAGGACGACGAGGACUGGGUGUGGAAGAACGCAGUGCGGAAAGAUGAUAAGAUCUAUCAUGCAACAUGCCACGCUGAGGCUAUGAUCUCGACGAGCACCCUCGCUGCGAGAAUACGAAAUGAGAAGGCGCAUAGCAGUCGGUCUGCGACACCUGAGAUCCUCGCAGCUCCGAUGACGGGUGUGCGGUCGACACCACCACCACCGUCAAUAACAACACCCAGGAAAAGUGCCUCGAAGUCGCCUCCCCAUGUGUCUCCCGAGUCCAAGGUCGCAGGGGUUAAGCGUAAGAUCGAAGAUCAUGAAGAUACGAAUGAGCAGGAGGAUCCGACGGGUACGCCGCCGUUCAAGAAGAAGACGCUGUCGACGACGACGACAGCCGCUUCAAGCGCAAGUUCGAGUUGA